CACCCACCCACGAGCGUAAUGGUGCAACAGUGAUAGUGGCAUUGUUGUGACGCCGGGGCGGGAGUGGGGGUGGGGGUGGGGUGGGGGGAGAAGCGGCAGAGAAGUGACGGAAGGAGCGCGCGAUGACGACGACGCUGCAGCUGGACCCGCCGGUGGUUCCGGCGCGGCGUUCCGCCGCGACGAGCUGCGACCUGCACCCGGACGAGACGUUCACCGGCUUCUGCACCGCCUGCCUGCGGGAGCGCCUCACGGGGCUGGAGGCGUCCGCCGCAGCGGCCUCCGCGCCUGGGCGCAAGUCCACGUCCGCCAUACGGUCGCUGUUCGCCAGGCCGUUCGGCGGCGGCGGCGGCGGCCCGUCCGUCCCCGGAGCCUCGGCGCUGCCGGACCUUCGGCGGUGCAAGUCAUUCUCGUGCGGCCGCGGCGGGGACGCGCUCGCGGCUGCUGCUGCGGCCGCCACCGCCAGAGCCGACGAGCCACAGCGGCGCUCGUGCGACGUGCGAGGGCACAGCACGUUGUGGUCGCUGUUCCACCAGGACGACCGUGACCGUGUCCGCAACGGCAGUGUGUCUGCCGCCUUCCCGUCGUCGUCUUCCGCCACUGGCAGUGCUCCUUCCCAUCUACAGCCGCAACCGCUGCGACCAUUCAUCCCGGACGAUUUCUUGGAGGAAGAUAUCCCCGUCGUCAUGGAGCAGGAUGAGAUACUCCCGGUGGUGGAGCCCGUCAUUGUCGUGGACACCUCCGGAGAGAUCGAAACCGAGCCCACUGCGGUCCGGGAAGCGAAGGCCAUGAAGGAUCACAUGGAUUUCGAGUCGUCACAGCCGAAGAAGCUGCCGCCGAAAGACCUGAAAGAGAUUGCAGGGAGCUUCUGGGUCGCGGCGUCCGUGUUCAGCAAGAAGUGGCAGAAAUGGAGGCGCAAGCAGAAGCUCAAGAAGGAGGCCGCCGUGAGCAAGGCCGCGGCAGCGGCAAUGCCGCCGCCGGAGAAGCCGUACAAGCCAUCGUUCCUUCGGCGGAGGCGUCUCCGAGGUGAGGUCGGCUCGGAACUCGCCGGGGGUCGUCGCUCUUGCGACACCGACCCGCGUUUCUCCCUCGACGCUGGCCGCAUGUCCGUCGAUGAUGCUGGCUUCUCCUGGGACGAGCCGCGCGCGUCGUGGGACGGCUACUUGUUUGGUGCAGGCGCCGGCAUUGGCCUCGGGCGCGCGCCUCCGCCGAUCUCCCGUCUCCCUCCCAUAAUGUCCGUCUUAGAGGACACCCCCGCCACCAUUGUCGAGCGCUCUGAUGGCCAAAUCCCAGUGGAAGACGACGCCGACGUCGACCCGCCUGGGGGCUCCUUACAGACUAGAGAUUAUUACUUGGACUCCUCGACACGGAGACGCCGGAGCUUGGAACGCUCCAGUUCCAUGCGCAGGCCGUCGUUCGAGGUCACCGAGCCAAAACCAGCGCCCACCAUAGCUAACGGCAAGGAAUCCCCUCUCGGCGGCUCAGAGUUCUACCACUUACACCACGCCGAGGACCUGCUCGACCGUGGGUUCAGCUCCAACUCACUCAUCGAGGACAUCUCCGCAAACUUGGAGGCCGCACUGUCAGGCCCCGGUAGCGCCAAGAAGCCGCGGCGGUGGCGCAAAACGUGGAGCCUGUGGGGGUUCAUCCACCGGAUGGCCUCCGGCCGCCGGAGCGGCGGGCCGUCCGACAUCGCCGACCGCUCGUUCUCGGAGGCUUGGCCGGACCUGCGCGUCCGUGGGUACAACCCCAAGAUGCAGCGGUGCAACAGCAACUUGAGCGCGCGCAGCUCGUUCAGCAGCAACAGCGGCGGGCUGGGCAGCUCGAGGCGCAGCCACGUGGACGUCAACGGCAGCGCGAGGUGGCGGGACGAGCACGUGCUGGAGCGUAACCGCAGCGCCCGGUACUCGCCCCCGGGGCGCGUGGACAACGGCAUGCUGCGUUUCUACCUGACGCCGAUGCGCAGCGGCGGCGGCAGUGCGUGGCGUGGCGGCGGCCUACCGGGCAAGGCCGGCCGGCCGCUCACCUCGCAGUCGUUCGCCCGGAGCCUGCUCCGGAUGUACUAGUGCCACGCGCGCAGCCAAAUGAGAG